UGAGAAUUCUUCAGAUCCGCAAUGGUUCCAUAUGCUCCAGGUUAAAAAAGGUGGAAGCGUAAAGCAACGCCGUUUCAGCGCCCCAUCUCAGGAGCAGGAUUUUGCUGAGAGAGUCCAGUGGCAAAGAAAGGUGCUCCCAUUUGGAAAUGCUACAUCCUACUUGAAACUUGAGAAGCUGAAUGAAGGUUCUCACUCUACAGUGUACAAGGGGAUCAGCAGGAUAUACGGCCAGCUGGUAGCACUGAAAGUCAUCCGACUGAAGACUGAGGAAGGAGUGCCUUUUACGACUAUAAGAGAAGCAUCCCUCCUCAAGGGCCUAAAGCACGCCAAUAUUGUGCUGCUGCACGAUAUCAUCCAGACGAAGGAGACCCUGACGUUGGUUUUUGAGUAUAUGGACACAGACUUGGCACAGUAUAUGUCCCAGCAUCCAGGGGGAAUUCAUCUUCACAAUGCCAUGCUCUUUAUGUUCCAACUUCUGAGAGCCCUGGCUUACAUCCAUCAACACCACAUCCUUCACCGAGACCUGAAACCUCCAAACUUGCUCCUCAGUUGCCUUGGAGAGCUCAAGUUAGCCGACUUUGGUCUUGCUCGCGCCAAGUCCAUUCCCAGUCAGACCUACUCUGCUGAGGUGGUGACGCUGGGAUAUCGGCCUCCCGAGGUGCUGCUGGGAGCCACGGAGUAUUCUUCUGAGGUGGAUAUCUGGGGUGCAGGCUGCAUAUUCGUCGAGAUGCUCCAGGGUCAGCCCCUGUUUCCAGGGGUUCGCAACACCUUUGAACAGCUGGAGGAGAUCUGGGAGAUACUGGGAGUCCCAACGGAGGAAACUUGGCCUGGAGUUUCGAAGCUUUACCACUACCGGCCAGAGUGUUUUCCUCUCUUACUCCAGGGUUGGUUAUUUCUCUUGUAUCCUAGGCUGGGAUGGGAGUCUGGAGUUGAAGACCUGGCAGCAAGAAUGUUGAAAGUUUGCCCACGGGACAGGAUCUCUGCACAAGAGGCACUCGUCCAUCACUUCUUCAGUUCUCUGCCCUCUCAGCUAUACCAGCUUUCUGACCCACAAUCUGUCUUCGUGGUCCCUGGGGUGAAGCUGAAACCAGAAAUAUGUGACCUGUUUGCUCCGUACCAGAAGGAUCAUCACCCAAUCAGCUCUAGCAAGUUUUGGUGAAAAGGACAAAUGAAUUACUUCUUUUUUCCAGUCAGAGAAUGAAAUGAACGCUACUUAUGA